CUCCUCCCUCUCUCCUCCUCUCAUUCCCGGCUUGACUGACUCCGAUUUGGUCCGCUCUGGUUUUUGUCGUGACUUUUAGCGCUCUCAACACCUUCCACCAUUACGUCCCAAAGCAAAACGGACUUUUUAGCGCUUGCUUCUCGGACUCUCCAGAGGAAGAGAAUCGUCGCCGCCGUGGUUGGCAUCGUCAUGGUUUUGGCUCUCAUCAUUGCGAUUCCCCUGCUGGUCCAAACUUCCAAGACCGACGCGCACUACGAGAUGAUGGGCACCUGUCGGAUGAUCUGUGACCCGUACAACCCCAAGCCGAGCGCCACGGCUCUGGAGGUCAUGCAGGACCUGAGCGCCAUCCCCUCCCCGACCUUUGUUCAAGGGACUAAAGGCGAGCCGGGUCGGCCGGGGAAACCCGGGCCGAGGGGACCGCCAGGAGAACCGGGGCCACCUGGUCCGAGAGGACCGCCGGGGGACAGAGGGGAUUCUGGAAAGACCGGACAUGCUGGUGUCGUGGGCACAGCGCGGACCGAGACCGGCGGAGACCUGGGCUCACCGAUCGGCGGUGCAAAGAUAGCGUUUUAUGUGGGUCUGAAGAACCCUCACGAGGGGUACGAAGUGUUGAGGUUCGACGACAUCGUCACGAACCUGGGGAACCACUACGACCCGACAACCGGAAAGUUCACAUGCCAAGUGUCUGGGAUUUACUACUUCACCUACCAUGUGCUGAUGCGCGGCGGAGACGGGACCAGCAUGUGGGCGGACCUGUGCAAGAACGGACAGGUCCGAGCCAGCGCCAUAGCGCAGGACGCCGACCAGAACUACGACUACGCCAGCAACAGUGUGGUCCUGCACCUGGACUCCGGGGACGAGAUUUACGUCAAACUGGAUGGCGGCAAAGCGCACGGCGGAAACAACAACAAGUACAGCACGUUUUCCGGUUUCCUCUUGUACCCAGACUAAGGCGGGGCCAAACCCCAUCCCCCUCCUCCAUCCCAGACCUGCCACUACAGACAUGAACCUCAGUCUCAUCUGAUCAGCGCCGCUGACCACACCGACAGGAGGAAGAGGUCAUCCUGCGGCGAAGCACUUAUAGUCCCACACUCAGUCUUUAAACUUCUUAUACAAUAUGGAUUAUUAUUUCUGGGGGUGAAAUAAUUCCACUUAUUUCCACAAUAGCUUCACAUGCUUUGCAGAAUUUCUGCAGCAACAAACAAAAGGCCCCUCGCUGCACCGUGGCGCGUUCAAGGACCCUCCUGACACGAUUCGUUCUUUGGAAAUAAGUGAAAUUAUUGUGACAACACAGUCAAAUGUUUAUUCAGAGAUAUGAAAGGUCCCCCCUGUUGUUCUGAUCCUCAGCUCCAGAUGAAACCGCCUUCACACGGGGAUUCAGUCUGGCUUUGCAGUGCAGCUGUUGUUGCCUUUUUUCUUUGUGCUUUUUGUGGAGUUGAGGGCCGUCGUGACACUGAACUGAACACAGAGGACACUGCUGUGUGACGUGAUGCUAGUUUCUGCUUGAAAGUGUGUCUCACAAACAUAAAUAUAUAUAUAUAUAUAUAUACAUAUAUAUAUACAUACAGUAUACAGUCUGUACGUAUGUAUGCGCUUAUGUACAUAUUCAUUCAAACAGAAGUGAGUGAACCCACGUGGCUGCGUUAACUGUGUUUCUAUGUCUUCGUAUUCCAGUAUAAACGUUGGUCAGUGAUUUCAAUAAAUGAUUAUGUUUUCUAA